UUCAGCAACCAAAUAAGCUUCUUUGUGCAUGCCGCGUAUUCACCAUUGAAACUCCCUUUAAAAUAAGCUUGCGUUUUUAAUUAAGAUCUUAAAAAAUAAUGACUACACGUGGCAGUCGUACCUGUCUCGUGUUAUUGUUGUAAUAUUAUUAUUAAUAGUUAUUUGAAGGCGGAAAAAAACAUUUUAUUUAGCGGCGCGAGCUAACAAACAUGGGGCUGUCAGAAGAAGAAGACGAGCUGAUAAAUCUGGUCGCUGAAAAAAAAUCAGAAGAGACUUUUAUGGAAAUCUUGUCCAAGCUAAAAGACCUCAUGGGCAGGAAGUCUUUAGGUGACCAGAAGGAUUUAGAGAAAUGUAAACAAGCCCUUUACUACAACAGAGUACUGGACUACUGCUCUGCUGCGCUCAAAUUCAACCCUGCCAAGAUUCAAGGAAGUUAUACGUCCAUGACUCAAAUGGCAGACAUCCUCAGCACCUGCUGCGUAGGCCUGGGCUCUGUGAGAGACCGAGACGUGUUUCGGCGUCGGUUUCUUCCAGCUGUAACCGACAACAUCCUGUUCCUCGCACACCGCAUCAUGAACAGAGCAAUAAGGGAUAAAGGACAAACCGAGAUGAUCCGUCUCUUUCGGAACGUCUUCAAUUCCCUCAGCUGGCUUCUUAGAGCUCACCCUCAUCUAAUUCCUUGUGUUCUCGACUCCAAAUAUUAUGAGAGCGUGCAGAUGAGCGAUGAUGAUGAGGUCUCGGCGGGUAUACUAACGAUGUGGUACAAUCUGUUCAGGAUCAACAGUGCGGCUGUAUCUGAGAUGGCACCUGAAGCGCUGUACAGCGUCAUGGACGACGUCGUGUAUAAAAUGUCGAGCAGCUCCAACCCCGUGAUCGGCAGCGCCGCUGUAAAGAUUUUGCUGUUGAUCACAGAGCAGAAAAGUCCCUCCGUCUCUCUGCAGCUUCACAAGCGCUACAAAGGGUUGGAUGAUAUGGUGCAGAAGGACUGGAGAGGGAAAGGCUUCGAUGCAGCACUGAAGCAGCUCCUCCACAGAUUACAGUCUAAACAUCCUGAAAAACACACUCAGCAGGCUCAGUACUCAUCUGAGGAGAGGGUUCGAGCUGCCUGUGUGAUCCAGGCUGUGUGGAGAGCUCAUCAGACCCGAUGCAGGCUGAAGAAACUCCCCAGAGCCGUGAGUGUGUUACAGCGGAGCUUCAGAGAGAGGAGACGGCAGAAGCAGGCAGAGACCGAGAAACGUCUCGCGGAGGAAGAGCUGCGUCAUCAAGUGCGUCUCCGCAGACAGAGAGCGAUUCGGCAGUUCCGCCAGCGGCAGCUCCAUCUCAUAGAGAUUCUGCCUGCAGAGCACCUGGCUCGCUUCCUGGGUGAGCUGGAGAACAGAGCUGCUCUGCUGAUCCAGAGAGUGUGGAGAGGACACAGAGAGAGACGACGGUUCGAGCAGAACAGAUAUCACCUCAGACAGCACAAAGCUGCAGUGACUCUGCAGAGAGCAAUUCUGGCAUUCCUAAAGCGACAACGCUCCCAGAGGAAUUUGGUAGCAUCAUGGAAAAGCCCCAUAGGCCUGACCGAGAGCAGGAGGGCAGAACUGAAGAGACAGAUAGAAGACCACAUCUCUCUUCACCCUUCCUCCGUGGUGUCAGCAGAGGGUACUCUAGCGCUCUAUGAGAAAGCUCAGAGCAUGCUGCAGCAGCACCUGAUGACCAGAGUGUCGGACCGGGCUCAGGAGCAGCACCGGCAAGCUCUCAUGGCUCAGAUCAACACGGAUAUUGAGCUCCUGCUAAGCGCUCCAUCAUUAAAAGACCUGUGCGAGGAAGACUCCUGCCCCUUCCUCAGCCGCUCAACUCCAGUGGCCAUGCGUGCCCGGCAAGCCCACAAUGCCUUGCUUCUUCAGAGCACACACCUCCUGCCCUGGUGGAGGAGGCUGGGAGACGAGUUCUCCAGUCCAGAGUCGUUUUCUCAGCAAGACUACGACGUAGUGGAGUCUGAGUCUUUGUAUCUGGGUGGAAGGUGAUGACUGUACUACAGCUGGCCAGCUGUUCUCAUUCCUUAUAUGGUAUUUGUUCAUGACAAUCAUCACAAUCUUGAUUCUGUGCCAGCGAAAUGACCUUUUCAUUUGUGACAAUCUGUUAAUUACCGUUCACAACAAAGACUUCUCGAAUCUCAUUCGUCAAAAGGUGGUCAGCGAGUGUAAUAUGUUUCUGCUCUAUAGAUUACAACCAAUCCACAGGGACUUGUAUGUACGGCAGAUGUUGCGCAGAAUCUAAUUCUAAUAUUAAAUACGUUUUUUUUUUGGAAAAUCUGAUGCUUAAUAGAGUCAGUUUUCAGUAAGGAGCAGUUCAUUUCAUGUUUACGGAAGGAGUCUCCAGUUUCAGUGCUAUGAGUGCUACGAGGCAGUAGAUUUUCUGUCACAGUUAGUUUUGUUUUGUAAAAUGCCACCGGUUUUUGUACAGAUUUCAGUGUGUGUGUGUGUGUGUGUAAGGAAAGAGGAUAUCACAUUCAAUCCCCUCCCCUCGUUAUUUCCACAUCUCUCACUCCAUCUCAGGUGUAUAAUUGAAUCCUGGACCUUGGCUCCAAACCUCUCAAAAGCUUAGGAUUGUGUGUGUGUGUGUGAUGCCCACAGUGCUACAGGCGCAUGCCAAGGCCCCAUUCACAGGGUGCCUGUCAUUAUUUCAUUACACACAUGUGAAAACAACAGAGUGGUCCACUCCACUCGCGUGAUUAAAAUAACAUUUUCAAGAGAGGAAAAAUAUGAUGGAGGUAUAAUUAUCUCUUUAUGCACUGUUUUACAUCAGCGCAUAAAUAAGACCUGCUUUUUGGCUAAAUGUGACUGUGUGUGUGUGUGAGUGAGUGAAGGGUUAAAGUACGAGAUAAAUGUGUGAAGGCUGUGCCUUCUAAAGAUCUGCCUCACUAGAGACUGUCAGAAUGGGGCUUAAUAUGAUAACUACUCCAAACAGCAAUUACAGCGAGCCCUAAUCGCCGGCUAAGUUUCAUUGUAUCAUGUAACGAAGGCUUCUCUUUUUUUUUGUCCGAGUCGCCGGUCCUUGAUGACAGGAGGACGGGGUGUGAUCUUUGUGGUGCCCCUGGAUUUCCGUACGAAUAAAUGCAUUUGCACACGACUCAUUCACAGUGCUUUUAUUGUUCAGGAGUUCCAUACGUUAACAAGCACCAUGUCCAGUUAGAAUAGAGGAAAGGAAGAGUGAAGAGCAUCCCGGCUUUUAUAUGUGAUUUACGACAGAACUAUGCGGCGUUACGAUAUUACAGUGAUAAGCCACAGACAUCACAUGAAGCUCCAACACGCAUGUAGUUUACACUAUCAAGCAAAAUGCUCCCAACAUUCUACAGACAUCAUUAGAGAUUAUAGAAGCCAGGGUUGCCAGGUACUCAACUUUUGCGUACGACUGAUUAAUAGAUUUUGCUUUCUGAUUUUAGAGCGAUUUGACUGACACUUUGAUUGCUUAUUUUAUGUGGACCUGGCAACCCGAAUGAACAUUUCAGGUGUAGAGAUAAAACUGAGAGAAAAAUAUUCCUAAGGUUUUGUCCCAGUCGGUUCAGCUAACAGAAGCAAAACGUCAGUCAUAUCAGCAUUGCUGUAUGUACAAGCAUGAGGCGAGUUCGCAAUAUAUAUAUAACGACACCAUUGCACUAUUUAUACAAUAACCUCGGUCUUUAGACAACAGAAAACUGUCUCACUUGCCAGUUUGUUUGUCGGAUGCAAAUGUAUGAAUAUGUAGGUUACGAUUAAGGAGAAAUGUUUGGUUAGUUGGUUAGUUGAAUCUUAUCUUUUUAAAAAAAAAUUUCAAGUCCAACAUGAGGUUUUUAUCACUAGGAUUCAUCACCCCACACACGAAACCCUCCGAAUCUACUGCAUUUGCAUACCGCAGUCUGAUUGGCUGUUCUAUUUUAUUAUGUAAUAACUCUAUUUCUCUGCAUUCUAAGCUCCUGGACACACAAAAACGUGUGUGUAAAAUAAAGCGAAAUGAGGUCAA